AUUGACGUCGAGAAGCCCAGCAAGGAAUCGUACAAAGUUCCGAUGGAAGUUAUGGCUAUAGACACUGUGAUUACAGAAUGAUGCUAAAUAUAUGAAUGCACCAGGAGUCGUGUGCGUGUCGUGCGUGUCGUGUGUCUGGUCAGUUCAUCUACACUUUCAAUUCAUCUUGAGGUCCUCCAGUAAGAAAUUGCAACCAUAA